AUGGGUGAACGUAAAGUACUCAACAAAUACAUCCCGGCAGAUUUUGACCCUACUCUAAUUCCGAGAGGAAAGAAAUUGAGCAAGAAGGAUGGAACUGUCCCAGUGCGUAUGAUGCUUCCAUUUUCGGUUCAAUGUUCUGCUUGCAACACAUUUUUGUACCGAGGAAGAAAAUUCAAUUCGAAAAAGGAGCCCAUGGGUGGUCCAGAUGGUAGAUACCUAGGUAUUCAGCGGUGGCGAUUUUAUAUCAAGUGUACGCACUGUUCUAGAACGGUAUCCUUUCUGACGGAUCCGAAGAAUGCAGAUUACGAAAUGGAAAGCGGAGGGACGAGGAAUUAUGAAGUUUAUAAGGACAAAGAGAAAACGGAAGGAGAAGCAGUGAUAGAGAAAGAAGAAGAAGAAAAAAUUGAUCCCAUGAAAGCACUAGAGAAUAGGGUGCUUGAUAGUCAGAGGGAAAUGGCGGACCUUGAUAACCUGGAAGAAAUCCGAGCCAUGAACAGGAGGCAUGCAAAACUCUUGUCAAACUCUGGUGAAGGAUUCGAUGCUGAUGCCAAGGCUGUCAUGAAGGCCCGAGAAGUAAGAGACAAGUUAGUUGAGGACAUAGAGCUCAAUGAACAUGGGAUAACAGAAGAAGAAGAGAGUUUGAUAAAAAAGAUCAAGUUUGGACAAGCAGCUUCGGCUGUGAAGCGAUUGAAUGAAGAAGACGAGAUGCUCGAAGAGAAACGCCGGCAGCGAGAAGUAGCGCUAAUGAAAAGGAAUCCAAUGAAACCUGUUACUCAAAAGACAGCGAUUCCGAAGAUCAAAGUAAAACGGAAAAAGAAGGUAGAAGUAGCAGCGCCUUCCAAAAAGGCAAAAGCAGAACUUGUUGUCAAAAGGAAACCUCCAGCAGCAGCACCUUCCAGCGGUGGGCUUGCAGGGCUUUUGGGUGACUACGGCUCGGAAUCAGAUUAG